ACGGAAACCACCGCCUGUGAUGGAAACCAGUGAGGACAGGAGGUUAUUAUGGCGGACCCAGAGGUGUCAACACAGAGCGGGGGCUACGAUGUGGAGCUGUUUGUGGACACCCCCGACUACGACCUGAUCUGCACCAUAUGUCAGGGCGUCCUCAGGUGUCCAGUGAGAGCUGCGUGCCACCACAUCUUCUGCAAGAAAUGCAUCCUACAGUGGCUCAAGAGACAGGAGACAUGUCCCUGCUGCAGAAAGUCCGUCAACCCGAGCUUGAUCUUUGUCAUGUUCAAGCUGAGCAAAUCUAUUGGACGCUUGAAGGUCAAGUGUAAGAAUGAGAUCCGUGGUUGUGCAGAGACCUUCUCCCUCUCAGAGCAGUUCUGCCACAGUAUGAGCUGUGUGUAUGAGCUCAUCCCCUGUCCCUACCAGGGCUGUCGGGCUCAGCUCCUGCGCAGGGAUCUGGACACGCACGCACGCCACUGUGAGCACUGGCGUCAGCCCUGCCACAUGGGCUGCGGCGCCAUCCUCUCCCACCGCACCCGGGCCCAACACAACUGCUACAAGCAGCUGCGGCAGGAGUACGAUGCCAGGCAGAAGAACCACAGGGCCAUCGCCGCCGCCCUGCAGAGGAAGAUGAGGAGGAUGCAGAGCACCAUGGCGUACAUGAAGAGGCAGAUAGGGUUAAUCUGUGAGAGCCUGGAGGUGAUGGACGAUCUGCAUGAAGACGAGGAGGAGGACCUCGGAGAGAGCAGUGGCAGCUCCGGAGGACGCCAGGCAGCAACUUAAGCUGAGUGACAAGUUCCUGCCGCUGUUUCUUCUCCAUGUGUGUAUUUAUUUGAAGAUGUGUGUGUGUUUUUUAUAUUAUGUAGGAUUGAA